AUGGAGCAAGUUCACGGCGUCGACGUCAGCUGGAUGACCAAGGCGUCGCCAAAAGACAAAGCGAACAAACCGUCCACCUCGCCCCCAAAGGCAGCAUCGGCUCCAACACAACCGCGAGCUAUUCCCACGCCGUCGCAAGAUCCUCGCAACCCCCAAGGGACACCCAUUGCAAAGGGUACGCCUCCACAGCAAAAUGGACAGCCUACUCCCAGCCCAACGAAUUCCCCUAGUGUACCAAGACGACUAUCGCGAUCCGGCUCAGUAGAGAAUAAAUCCGGGCCCAAUGGAACUCCUCCUCAGCGACGCAAUUCGUGGUUUUCAAACAUUUCCGCCAAAUUCUCUAGCUCUGCUACUACUUCGCCACCCAGCAGUACACCCGCCCCUCACCAUUCUCUGCAUCAUCUUCACCACAAGGAGUCACAGCAGAAGACUGAAGACCAAGCGUCACAGUCUCCAACAUCACCUCAGUCGCCCGGCUCACCGCCUCCAGAUGACACCCUAGAGCCGAUGCCACCAAAGCUGCAUCCAACCAGGAAUGCUGUUCUACAACAUGCCGCCGCAAAACCCGAAGGCAACAGCCCAUAUACCCCGGCUCCGCCCAAGGCCAGUCAAGCUGGCAUUCUAGGCGUCUUUCGACGCUUGUCCUCAUCAAGCACCAACAGCAUAGUAAAUGGGAGGCUUGGAAAUGGCCUGGUCGAGCGCAAGAUACUGAAUAUCGAUCAAAACCGUGAAAGAUGCAGCAUUUCGGAGCUGAAAGAGGCCAAGCUUAGACGGGUUUCAUUCUGCGUAGAUGUUGAGAUUGCGCCUAUGCCCAAGUAUGCUGACGGGGAAGCCCAGGAGACGAAACCGCUGGACAAGGCACAAAAGAAGAAGCUCACGGAGCAAGGCGAAGGAGACGCGCUGAAGAACCCUCAGGCAGUCGAAGCUAAGAAAGAAGCCGAGGAGGCCGGUCAACUCAACAACACCACCGAUCCCGACACAGAACACGUCAACAACGAAGCUGGUACAAAGAAUAGCGCUGCCGACGAAAAUUUCCUUGCUGAGCCUGAGAAGGAGAAGGAGACAAACAAAAAGAAGGAGAAGAAGAAAAGAAGCGAGGAAGAGCGGAAAGCUAGGAAAGAGAAGCGUCGGAAACUCGCCGAAGACAACGGUUCUGUGCCGAUUGAAAUUCAUUAUGACAGCACAGACUCGUCAUCGGAAGCUCCCAGCGGCAACACAAUUCCAAAGUCAUCAUCCCAUCCAACCACAAAUCCUGCCAGGAUAUACCGUCGUUGUUGCCAGUUGCGCGAAACUCCCAUUCUCAAGAAGAUAACGGAACAAUUGAUGGACAAGGCCAAUUCCAACAUCUCUGCCGGCACAGUGAACAAGCUGGAUCUGACUGACUACUAUCUCCAGCUUCCAGACCUAAUCACACUUGGAGAUUAUCUCGCCGUGGUUCCGGUCAAAGAGAUUCUUUUGGAGAACUGUGGGUUGGGCGAUGAGGGCCUCCGCGUGAUUCUUGCUGGUCUUCUGGCAGCAAAGAUGCCUCCAACCUCACGGCGUAAGAAGCCCAAACACGAGUUCGAGGCACAAGGCGGAGUUGUGGAGCGGGUUGUCAUCAAAAAUAAUAAGCUUGGUCCCGAUGGCUGGAAGCAUAUUUCUCUGUUCUUAUACAAGUGCCGGUCACUGAAAUAUCUCGACAUUUCGCACAUACCCUUUCCAAAACAGGCGCCUGCUGCCAAGAAUGGCAGCUUGCCAAAUGGCAUACAUAUUCCUCGCUCGAUAUCAGAUGUCUUCUCAAAGGCCAUGGCCGACCGGCUGGGUGGUUCAACCCUGGAGAUGGUGAAUAUGGGCGAGACGGAACCCAGUAUGGAGCAGUUGGGCACAAUCAUGGACGGCAUUAUCAAAUGCGGUGUUCGACGAUUAGGCCUAGCACACAACUUUCUCGACGCAGACGGCAUGAAGCAUGUGGUAAGAUACUUGUCUGGUGGGUUCUGCGAAGGUCUCGAUUUAGGCGGAAACGACAUUAAUGAGCAUAUCGAGACCCUGGCUGGUUGCCUGGAUGAGCAUCAUCCCAUUUGGGCGCUUAGCCUGUCGGGCUGCAAUCUGACUCCGUCGAGUCUUGGAAAGAUGUUGCCGGUGAUUGCCAAGCUGAGGGGCUUUCGGUUCAUUGACCUUUCACACAAUCAUGAAUUGUUCCAGACAAAGCCCAGCGCACUUGGCCUCUUGAGAAGAUAUCUCCCCAAGCUGGAAGAUUUGAAACGAAUUCACUUGCAGGACGUAAACAUGAGUUCGGAGCAAGCUAUUGCCCUAGUCGAGGUAUUACCAGAAGCGCACAACCUGGCACAUGUCAAUCUGUUGGGCAACAAUGAGCUGGUGAAGCUCGCAGAUGCCAAGACAGAAGAAGCACAGGAAGAGGCCUGCGCCCUGUAUGCAUCACUUAUGGCCGCAGCAAGAAUAUCGAGCAGUCUGGUCUGUGUCGACAUUGAAGUACCCAGUGAGGGAUCGGGGGAGAUUGUCAAGGCCAUGGCGAAGCAAGUAGUAGCGUAUUGUCUCCGCAACAUGGAGCGAAUUUCCGACACGAACAUUAGCACUGUUAUAGCCAGUGCCAUGUCCGAGUCGCAGUCUGAGCCCCAGGAUGGCAAGAUGGCUGCGUACCCCGACGUCCUUGCCCACCUGGUGGGACACGAUGUGCUUGAGCAUGACGGACCGGAAGAUGACCAUGAGGACGCACCAGACGAGGACUACGUCAUAGGAGGCACCGGCGUGGUCAAGGCCUUGGCAUGCUGUCUCAAGAACCGAAGCGACGACUCCCACCGACAGUCGGGAGAGUUUGCUGGAGGUGCGGAAGACGGCAGCGACUCUCCAGCUCUAACCGGCUUGCCGACCGGUGGCAAGGCCAAGGACAUGUCGAAGCAUCUCCUGGCCGGGGCGAGGAAGAUUCGACAGCGCCUGCAGCCAGCGCUGCACAAGGCUCGGGCUGAGCCGGGCGACGACGUGAAUCUGCGAAAGCUCACGUACCUGGACGAAACACUGCAAGGCAUUAUCAAGAGAUUCGAGGACGAAUUUCCUGACACGCGCGAGGCGCCGGCGGAUGCGCCCAACAGCAACGAGCUACGCAAGACGGCUUCCACAUCGAGCGAGGAGCCACUGCACGCCGGACCGACGGGAGACGACUCGGCAGUUGCCGUGUCGGACGGGGAGGACGAGGCAGAAAUACACGCGCCCAAGCCACUGUCGAGGUCCAAUUCGAUGCUAUCCAAGGAACUAGCAGAAGAGGAAGGGCGGGUGCUCCGUGCCGGGCACCGUUUCCGGUCGGGCUUUGUACGCAAGGAACAAUUUGACCUCAUCAGCACGAUUGACGAUAUCGGAUCGGACCCCAAACAUUGUCAAAUGCUGGUUGAACUUGCGGAAGACAUUGGUGGCGAGAUGCUUGAAAAGGUCAAGGAAAAGGGAGCGGUGCGAGCAUUCAAGGAGGACAAGGAUGUGCUCUUCCGCAGCAUGAGAGACAGUGAUCCAGAACACUGGGGUCGAUUCGUGGAGGCUCAGCAGAAAGCGCGAGCCAAUAUCACCGUGCCUUCGGAGAAGCACGGCGCAGAAGCACCGCAGCUAGCAGAUGAGAGCGCGAUUGCGGACUGA